AUGAAGUUCAGUGCCACUAUCGCUUUUGCCAUCCUCGGUCUCGCCACCCAGCAAACCCUGGCCGCCGCCGUCGAGUCAGAGUCCGUUGUGCCUUUGGAGAGCGCCGAGGUCAUCCAGGCUCGUGCCCUCGGUUGCUACCAACAGGGUACUCCCAGCAGACCGGCUAUGUGCCACAAGCCCAAGUGCCCAUCCAACAGACGCAGUGUCUUCUGGGACUUUGGAUGCCCAGAUGGAUCCUGGAAGUGCUGCAUCUAA